ACGUGACGAAGACAAACAGGAAGUGUGGGUCACUGCUGACCACUUAAACUACCACAAAUUUUUGUAGACGUAAAGACAAAAAACUAUAUUAUAUAGCACGAGACGGCAGACUAUCGGUAUGAGGAUAGAAGAAGCAUGGUAUCAUGAAGCUCAGCCAAUUUAUGAGCACAGAUCCUGUCUUUAAGCUGUAAACAUGGAGAACACUCUGUCCAUGGCUGAGUGUGAGGACCAGCCAUUGGCAGAAGAAGACCCAAUGGACGAGUGGCUCUUCCUGUCCUCAGAGUCUGCCUCACCUCCCAUCUUGAGUGUGGACCGUGCAGAGGAGCCAGAGGACACAAGGAAACUCAAGUCUAAACUAUUGUCAGCAUGGAACAGCAUCAAAUAUGUGUCUGCCUGGUCAUUCAAACAGAAAUCCAAAUUCAACAAAAGUUCACCAGUGAUUAUGCUUGGGAAGACAUAUGAGCUGACACAUUCAGGCGACAGGGAGCAAUUUCGCCGCUCGUUUUCGUCUUUGCUGUGGCUCACCUACAGAAGAGGCUUCCCUCUGCUCCCUGGCUCGGGCCUCUCCACUGACAGUGGCUGGGGUUGUAUGCUCAGGACUGGACAAAUGCUGCUGGCUCAGGGACUGCUGCUGCACCUCAUGCCUCCAGACUGGUCUUGGACUGCCAACCUUCACUCAGUAAAAGAUGAUAUAGACCUCCAGGACAACCACGCCUCAGCCGGCACACACCAGAGUCAGAGAAACAGUAAACUGGGUCGACAGCUGAGCCUGGGGUCCCUGCUGGACAGACCCAUGGAGGGCACUCAUAGAAAGGUGAUAUCCUGGUUUGCGGACCUCCCGUCAGCACCAUUUGGGAUACACACACUGGUGGAUCUGGGAAAGAGCUCAGGAAAAAAGGCAGGGGACUGGUAUGGACCCUCCAUAGUGGCACAUAUACUCAGGAAAGCUGUGAAUAAAUCCCCAGAUGUUUCCAGACUCUCUGUAUAUGUUGCUCAAGAUUGCACUGUGUACAAAAAGGAUGUGAGCAGCUUGUAUGACAUCUGGACAUCUGUCAUCAUCUUGGUUCCUGUGCGGCUUGGGGGACAGGAGCUCAACCCCAACUACAUACCCUGUGUCAAAAAACUGCUUGGCUUGCACUGUUGUAUUGGAAUCAUUGGGGGGAAGCCGAAGCAUUCACUGUUUUUUGUUGGCUAUCAAGACAACAAUUUGCUGUACCUGGACCCUCACUACUGUCAGACCACCGUGGUUGUGACAAAGGGAAACUUUCCAUUAGAGUCAUUUCACUGUAAACACCCAAAGAAGAUCCCCUUUUCUCAAAUGGACCCCAGCUGUACAGUAGGAUUCUAUGCCAAAGAUCCAAAUGACUUUGAAAGACUCUGCAAGGAUGUCACUGAGGCUCUGCUCACGUCCACUGACACAUAUCCCAUGUUCAUUUUUGAGGAGGGUCCUGGUCCACAGGAGGAGACAGGCAGCGUGUCCACUAACCUCACCUACAUCCAGAGGAAGAGCCAGAGGAAGAGAGUGUCCACCACCAGCAGCAUGGACGAGUUUGUUUUGCUCUGACUACAGCUGUAUACACUACCAUGUUUUAAAUACUUUUUCUAUAUCUAUUUAUUCUUUUAUAAGGGGCUUAUUUAAUUUAAAGCAGCAGAACAACACUAUAGGUCAGGUGGGUCUGAGUGAUGUGCCCUCACAUGAGCUUAAGCUGUGUGAAUGGAUUAGAAGACUGGAUUUCUGUAAACAUGUGACUGACUACAGGCAAACUCUGGAGCACAAUACAAAGCAGCUACUUUUGGCCUCAAAAUGAUUUAUUCCCUGCUAAAAUUGAAUUUAAUGCAUCUGUUCUGACUAGAAAUCAAGUGACAUGUAAUUUAUCAGUUUAAUCCAAUAAAGGGUUUGUGGGAAAAUACCUCU